AUGAACCUAUAUCAUAUAGCGCUUAAGUUCUUACAUUUUUGUUUUACAGGAGAGCUGAUAGGUAUCGAAUACCUAUACAACCAAACGGGUAAGCCUCUAGGUGCUAAAAACCCUGUAAAUGAGGUGGAGCCUGAUGACAGCCUUCUGGAUGAGGGCUUUGAGGACUCCGCGGCCAUGGAUGAUAAUGAUCCAACCAUCCACAUAGUGGAUUCCUUUCUGCCUGCUUUGAGUCGUGAGAGGGCUCAGCAGAUCAUGCAGCAGAACAGGCCGUCUCAAUCAGAGAUGUCAGCGAAGGAUGUGUAUGGCCAGCAGAUGUACAACGUUCCCACUAAGCUCAAAGCCAAACCUACCACCACGAGUGCCUCUUUAGAAACAACAACAGCAGCUUCUAUGACAAGAGCAACAGCAGCUUCUGUUACAACAGCUGCAGCAAGUACUUCAUCAUUAUCUGCCGUAACUACCGCUACAUCAGCGUCGGCUAUCGCUGGCAGUUCCCAACGUGUUGAGGAUAAAGCUGAGGACUCUAUUGGACCAGACAGAGUUGCAGGUUAUGGUCAUGUGAUGGACCUGGCUGAGUAUUUGUUUCAUUUAAAAGACAAGGAAAGUAAGGCCAUCACCAACGCAGAAGCUGACCACAUCGUGAAACUGUGGUGUAAAAUGUCCCCUUACGACCAGUCGCCGUCAAAAUAUAAGGACCGACAUCAGACCCAGCUGAUCAAGGGACGCUUCAAGGCACCAAAGACAACCCGGAUACAGCUGGUUCCUGGAGUCCAGAGUGUCAGAAGAUGUGCUUUGGCCCCACACCUUGGCCCAGCCACCUGGCCUGACUGUAACAAGUAUCAGGAAGCCUUGCUGGUCAAGUUGUGCGCAGCCUUUCCGGGUUCCACCACCAAAGAUGGCGUUCAACAGGCGCGGUGGCGGACAGUACUGGAGAAGUACAACCUAAUAAGAGAGAUGGUCUUCAACAGUAAGCGCGUGAUACAGAAUACACGCAUUCAGCUGUCUGAUAUAAACCAGCGCACCUUGACUGCUUGGUUCAGUGCUUGUGGAAAGCGCAGAGAAAGAACCUUGCUGGAACAGGGACUUGCCCUUCAGUCAGUUCCACUGGUAGCGCCUGAAUCACUGCCAGCGCCCCUUAAAAGGCCAGUUUCCUUGGAAAUGGGAACCACUGAACCACACAAGUUCCCCAUCCAGAUCACCACGAAAGGCUCCCUCAUUCAUCAAGUGCGCAGAAGAAUUCUGCCACCAGAUGAGGUAAAGCAUGAAGUGCCGGUGCCCAUAGCACCAGCCCCAUUGGUGCGUUUUGUGACUGCUCCCGCCCCUGACCUGGCACUGACUUCGACGAUUUCAGCCCCAGCCGAAUCUUACCUGCCAUACUCUACAAAGCAUUACAGGAAGAGGAAGCUGGAGGCUGAGCAGGCAGGGGAGUUCCGGAGACAGUACCACAAGAAACUGCCCUACCGCAGCUGCAACAAAUGUUUUGAUGACAGGAAUACGGGUGGGCACAAACAGUACUAUGGAAAUUGGUGGUGCCCCUUCAAGUCAUCAGAGUCUUAUGAAGAGUGGAUAGAUGCUCUUAAGUUGAAGGGCUAUGGAAAGAAGAAACCAAAUGAAAAAAGUUAAACAUUAAUAGCUGGACAUUCAUCAUUCACACUUAAACAAUAUCUGGAUAUAAUAGCAUUUUCUGACACUGUGCUUUUGGGCUUAUAAAACAACAGUAUUAACAUUUACUUUAACGACAACAGAAUUAAUAUCAA